CUGGGCAAAAAUGACUGCAAUCAAGCAUGCCUUACAGAGAGAUAUUUUCACUCCGAAUGACGAACGUUUAUUGAGCAUUGUGAAUGUGUGCAAAGCAGGCAAAAAGAAGAGAAACUGCUUUUUGUGUGCUACAGUGACAACAGAACGUCCAGUGCAAGUAAAUGUGGUCAAGGUGAAGAAAUCUGAUAAGGGAGAUUUCUACAAAAGGCAGACAGCGUGGGCACUUCGAGAUCUUGUUGUUGUUGAUGCCAAAGAUGCUGUUAAAGAAAAUCCUGAAUUUGAUUUGCAUUUUGACAAAGUGUACAAAUGGGUCGCCAGCAGCACAGCAGAAAAAAAUACUUUCAUUUCAUGUAUCUGGAAAUUGAACCAGAGAUAUCUUAGAAAGAAAACUGACUUCAUAAAUGUUAGUGCCCAGCUUUUGGAAGAAUCUGUUCCAAGUGGAGAAAAUCAGAGUGUAGCAGGAGGAGAUGAAGAAGCUGUGGAUGAAUAUCAGGAGUUAAAUGCAAGAGAGGAACAGGACAUUGAAAUAAUGAUGGAAGGCUGUGAAUAUGCCAUCUCUAAUGCUGAAGCCUUUGCAGAAAAGCUAUCCAGAGAGCUGCAGGUGUUAGAUGGGGCAAACAUCCAGUCAAUCAUGGCCUCUGAGAAACAGGUGAACAUCCUGAUGACGCUGCUGGAUGAAGCUCUGAAGGAAGUGGAUCAAAUUGAACUGAAGCUGAGCAGUUAUGAAGAAAUGCUUCAAAGUGUAAAAGAGCAAAUGGAUCAGAUAUCAGAAAGCAACCACCUAAUUCAUCUCAGCAACACGAAUAAUGUGAAGCUGCUGUCGGAAAUUGAAUUCCUAGUUAAUCAUAUGGAUUUGGCAAAAGGUCAUAUCAAGGCCCUCCAAGAGGGAGAUCUGGCAUCCUCUCGAGGCAUUGAAGCCUGCACUAAUGCAGCUGAUGCCCUUUUGCAGUGUAUGAAUGUAGCUCUUCGACCAGAAUCAGAUAGCAUCUAUAGUGGUAUGUUUACACACAUUGCUUCUAUGCUUAUUUUAAUAUCUUUUAUCAAGGGUCAUGACCAAAGUUCCACACUUGCCCAGCACUCUCUUGAGUUGAUGUUACCCAAUCACCAUCCCUUUCACAGAGACUUGCUUCGAUAUGCCAAACUGAUGGAUUGGCUAAAAAGUACAGAUUAUGGAAAAUAUGAAGGAUUAACAAAGAAUUACAUGGAUUAUUUAUCACGACUAUAUGAAAGAGAAAUAAAAGAUUUCUUUGAGGUUGCUAAGAAUAAGAUGACGGGCACAGCCAAAGAAGGAAAGAAGUUUGCUACACUGCCUCGAAAAGAAAGUGCUGUCAAACAGGAAACUGAGAGUCUUCAUGGAAGUUCUGGAAAAUUGACUGGGUCAACUUCUAGCCUAAAUAAGCUUUCUGUUCAAAGUUCAGGAAAUCGCAGAUCUCAGUCAUCCUCACUGUUGGAUAUGGGAAACAUGUCUGCCUCUGACCUUGAUGUGGCUGAUAGAACGAAAUUUGAUAAGAUCUUUGAACAAGUUCUAAGCGAACUGGAACCCCUCUGUCUGGCAGAACAGGACUUCAUUAGCAAAUUCUUCAAACUACAGCAGCAUCAAAGCAUGCCUGCAACAAUUAUGAAUGAAGCAGAGGAAAUGGAUGGAGGAAUUUUAUCCCGGUCUCAUAAUUCUGCUGUUCCACAAGCUAUAUCAUCUGAGAAAGACAUGAUCCGACAGAUGAUGAUAAAAAUAUUUCGCUGUAUUGAGCCAGAACUGAAUAACCUUAUAGCUCUGGGUGACAAGAUUGAUAGCUUUAAUUCCCUUUAUAUGUUAGUUAAGAUGAGUCACCACGUAUGGACAGCACAAAAUGUGGAUCCAGCUUCCUUCCUCAGCACAACACUUGGAAAUGUUUUGGUGACUGUCAAAAGGAACUUUGACAAAUGCAUUAGUAAUCAAAUAAAACAGAUGGAGGAGGUAAAGAUAUCAAAGAAGAGUAAAGUUGGUAUCCUUACAUUUGUUGCUGAAUUUGAAGAGUUUGCAGCACUUGCUGAAUCUAUUUUCAAGAAUGCGGAGCGUCGAGGAGAUUUAGAUAAAGCAUACAUAAAACUUAUUCGAAGUGUUUUCAUCAAUGUGGAGAAAGUAGCCAAUGAAAGCCAGAAAACACCCAGGGAUGUGGUCAUGAUGGAGAACUUCCACCAUAUUUUUGCAACUCUCUCUCGUUUGAAAAUCUCAUGUCUUGAGGCAGAAAAAAAAGAAGCUAAACAGAAAUAUACUGACCAUCUGCAGUCUUACGUCAUCUAUUCAUUGGGACAGCCUCUUGAGAAAUUAAACCAUUUCUUUGAGGGUGUUGAAGCUCGGGUGGCACAAGGCAUACGAGAAGAGGAAGUAAGCUACCAAUUGGCUUUUAAUAAACAAGAGCUUCGUAAAGUUAUAAAGGAAUAUCCUGGUAAGGAAGUGAAGAAGGGAUUGGAUAAUCUAUAUAAGAAGGUGGACAAACAUCUUUGUGAAGAAGAAAAUUUACUUCAGGUUGUAUGGCAUUCUAUGCAAGAUGAGUUUAUACGCCAGUACAAACACUUUGAAGGCUUGAUAGCCCGUUGCUAUCCUGGAUCAGGUGUUAUAAUGGAAUUCACUAUCCAGGACAUCUUAGACUACUGCUCCAGUAUUGCACAAUCUCACUAACUUCUACAAAGGGAAAAUGUUUGAAAAAUAUCAAGUACUCCAAAUGCUUUAAGAAGCUGGAACAAGUAUAUGUAUUCUUAAAUGUGAUUAAAUGUGUAUAGAAUAUUUCCAUCUUCAAUAUAUUUCAAUGCAGAAUGAAAAGCCUAAAUUGCAUUGUUGCUUUCCUGCUUGGUCAAAGCACUGUUUUAAAGCAUUAAAUUCAUGAAACACUUAAUAUUUAAUUUUUCUCUCACUAGUGCCCUGUGUGUUUUUUGUUUUGUUGCUUGAAAUUUUGUAACUUUCUUGCUAACAAUUUCCUUUGUAUAUUCUUAGCACCUUGAAAGGACACUACUGUCACCUGACUUCACACUAGUACUUUGCUGGAAAUUAUGUAACCAUUAAAAAGAUUGUACAGAAUUGUUUUUCUGAUUCAAACUGUAAUAUAUGGAUGUGGAGUUCAGUCCAUGAAACUACUAAAUACAUUCAUGUUUUGAGAAUUAAUGUGAUUGUAUGUGGCUGUAACUCUUCUGAUCUUAAGUAAAAAUAAUCUUUCAAACAUAGUAUCUCCAUAACUUUUUUUGUUCCACAGAGUAUUAAUUAAUUCUUCAAUUGUUGUUUCCCACCACAAAAACAUCAGACAUCUCGAGUCCAAAAUGAGGUAUCGAGACAAGACAGAAAACAAUCCAUAAUUUUCCUUUCAGCAUGCAUUUACUUUUGUGUUGGUAUUUACUAUAGCAUGACUGAACUUCAGUCUUACAUUAAGCAGAAAGUCUGCUCUACUACCAUAAAGUAGGGAUGUAAAAUUCCGUUUAACUGGUUAAUGGAUUAAAGGGGGAACAGACCGGGGAAGGGGGAGUAGGAGGGCGGAAAGGGAGGGCUGCAAGCAGCCCCUGUCCGCAGCUCCAGACUGCCAGAGCAAGUCUGUGGCCUGCCAUGCAGAGUUGGAGUAGCCCCUGCCGAAGGCAGGCAGGGAAUUGCUCCAGCCCCCACUGGUUAAUUUUAAUGAGUAAGGCUUACUGGUUCAAAGUGAGGCUUACCACUUAACCUUUCACAUCCCUACCAUAAAAAGACAGCUAAAAUUUUUUUAAAAAAAUACAUUAAUUUGAAAAUCUUGGCCCUUAAGAUUUUGUAAACUACAAGGCUCUCAAGUUCAUAUUUGAGUAGCAAUCACUUCAAAAAGUUCAUUUUGUUUAGAUUCACAAGUAUGGAUUAUAAAAGCCUAACAUUAGGCACCUAUUUUUGAAAAUUCUUAUAUUGUUUACUUUGUCCACAUUGCAUAACUAUAUUUAAAGAUAUGUAUUAAAUACAAACAAUAAAUCUUGAAUAACUUUUUACAUUUUCAUGGAAAACCUCUCCAAAGAAAUCACGCGAACAAAUCACUACUUCUGGAUUCAUGUAUUCUUAUAAGGACAUAGCAGGAACUUUCUCUUAACUUGAAUUUCUGAGCUAUUUGUUUUAUUAAUUUCUUGUGUUAAAAUGUUGCGAGUGUACCCAUAAUAAAUUGCUUUCUGAAGUGACAGUAAAUAAGUUGUCCAAGAUUCUCGAUCAAAGAUAAAUAACUUUUUCAUUAAUUUUAUUCAUGUAUCAAUUAGUUUGCACACUUUACAAGCUGCAUAGAAUAUAUGAUUAAAGCGCUUAGAUUUCUUGUACAAGGUAAAUUAGCUUAUGCAACAAAGAUGUAAUGUAAACUCUUUAAAUCCCACAGCCAAGCUACAUGCUGAAUUUAUAAGCUCCAUCAUACCUUACCAACUUUCAAGCAAACUCAGAUUUAUCAUCUGUUUAAUAAAGCAAAUGUAAACUCUUGUAACCAAAUAGCUGGCUAGAUAACUUUCUGGACAUGCAUGUGAACAGACUCAUUCCAUUGUUGAGUGCUAGCUAUGCACUUUAAUUUUUUCUAUGACAAUACAGACUUAAGUAUGUAAACACAUUGAAUAUUUUAAAAGUCCACACCGCUAAUGAAAAUUUAUUUCCGUAACCAAAUUUUUUUUAACUGUCAGUUACAGUAAAACUCUGAUGGUCCUGCACCAUCAGGAACCCGGAAGUACUCCG